GUUCAACCAUGUCGUCAGCGGCUCCUGCCCGGUUCCCUGUGGCUGCGGAGAUAGCGGCAGUAGCGCCCGCCCCGGCGAUCGAUUAUAGUUAUCUCAUUCGUGAACAUGAUAUUGCAAUUCCAUCGACGAUGCCGCCGGACACUACUGCUAAGGAUUUGCCUACUACGGUACCACCGUAUGAGUUCUGGUUGUUGAAGGCAAUCGAUCGAAGUGUAAAUAUUAUGGAUUAUUGGGAUGCGACUGAGCAUCAGUGGGACAUGGACGGCCUGGUUGACGAUCUUCAUAACGCUCGAGAGGAGCGCGCGGCGGCGGCUACGACAACGGAGGGAAGCGAUGGAGGAAAACGAAACUGA